GCGGCGCGCCAGUUACGCGUCACUUCCGGCGAGGCUGAGGAGGCGGGAGAGGGAAACACUGGAAGACGAGGAUGUUUCCUUGGUGAGAGGAAGGCUUUUGCACAAUGGCAGUUUUUGACACUCCUGAAGAGGCCUUCGGCGCCUUGCGUCCCGUCUGCGUUCGGCUCACCAAGACGCAGACGGUGGAGAACGUGGAGGAGCUGCGGGCGCAGUUACGGACCGUGAGUGGCUCUGCCCUCCAGGAACUCCAGCAGUACGUGCUCUUCCCUUUGCGCUUUACCCUGAAGACGCCGGGUCCCAAACGGGAGCGCUUGAUCCAGAGCGUGGUGGAGUGCCUCACCUUUGUCCUCGCCUCGACGCGUGUGCGGGAGCAGGAGCUCCUCCAGGAACUCUUCUCAGAGCUCUCCAGUUGUCUGUACUCCCCCAGCUCCCAGAAGCCCGCCGCUGUGUCCGAGGAGUUGAAACUGGCUGUGAUCCAGGGCCUCAGCACAUUAAUGCACUCUGCUUACAGGGACGUCAUUCUGACUUUCUACGAGCCCUCCAUUCUGCCUCGUUUAGGGUUCGCAGUAUCUUUAUUGUUAGGCCUCGCAGAGCAGGAGAAAUCAAAGCAAAUUAAAAUCGCUGCCUUAAAAUGUUUACAGGUCCUCCUCCUUCAGUGCGACUGUGACGACCACCCGAGGUCCUUGGACGAGCUGGAGCAAGAGCAGCUGGGGGACUUGUUCGCUUCUUUUUUACCUGGAAUCUCAACUGCACUGACCAGGAUCAUCACAGGAGACUUUAAACAAGGGCACAGCGUUAUCGUAUGUUCCCUGAAGACCUUUUACAAGACGGUGGGCUUUGUCAUGGCUGAUGAACAGCUCAGAAGAGUCUCGAAGGUCCAGGCAAAGCCUGCGGUGGAGCACAGGGUAGCAGAGCUGAUGGUUCACAGGGAAGCCGAUUGGGUGAAAAACACUGGUGACAAGUUGACUGUCCUUAUUGAGAAGGUAACGGAGUGGGUUUCAGUUCACCCACACUGGAAGGUGAGGCUGGAGCUGAUAGAACUGGUUGAGGCCCUUCUUUUGAAGUGCAGUCAGUCACUGGUCAAAUCGGCCGGUUCCCUUCUGAAGGCUUUGGUGGGUCUGCUAAAUGAUGAGAGUCCAGAAGUCCAAGCCCAGUGCAACAAAGUGCUGAGACGUUUUGCAGACCAGAAGAUAGUGGUGGGCAGCAGAGCCUUUGCUGACAUCUUGUCAGAAAACCUGCAUUCCCUGGCCACCUCUCUUCCCCGCCUGAUGAACUCCCAAGACGAUCAGGGCAAGUUCUCUACUCUUUCCUUGUUACUUGGUUAUCUGAAACUCUUGGGCCCCAAAGUGAACUUCGUCUUCAACUCUGUGGCCCAUCUCCAGCGCCUUUCCAAAGCCCUCAUCCAAGUUCUAGAAAUGGACGUGGCCGACGUCAAAAUUGUCGAGGAGCGGCGUUGGAACUCUGAUCACCUGAGUGCUUCUCCAACGAGCCCAGCCGCACGGGCAUCGAAUCACAUCCAGAGGAGAUAUUUCCGCUUCUUCACCGAUGACAGGGUUUUCCUGCUCUUGCGGCAGGUCUGUCAGCUUCUUGGUUUUUAUGGGAACCUCUAUUUGCUUGUCGAUCACUUUAUGGACCUGUACCACGAAUCUGUGGUUUACCGAAAGCAGGCAGCCAUGAUCCUUAAUGAACUGGUUGCAGGGGCUGCUGGGCUGGAUGUGGAAAGUCUUCAUGAAAAUCAUAUUAAAACAAGCCCAGAGGAACUGAGAGAAAUUGUGACAUCACUACUUGAAGAAUACACAAGCCAGGAAAACUGGUAUUUGGUCACUUGUAUCGAAGCUGAAGAAAUGGAAGAGGAGCUAACAGGGAAGCAAUCAGGCCUCCAGGCCAUCGCAUCUGGUGCACACACCUGCCGAGUUACGUCUUUUCCAGCCUUCUCGAAGCCAAGUCCCACGAUUUGCUCCAUGAACAGCAACAUCUGGCAAAUAUGCAUCCAGUUGGAAGGGAUUGGCCACUUUGCAUAUGCACUAGGAACAGAUUUCCGAUUGCUCUUGAUGUCGGCCCUCUAUCCAGUUCUGGAGAAAGCCGGAGACCAAACUCUGCUCAUUAGCCAGGCAGCUACCAGUGCCCUGAUGGCCAUUUGCCAUGCUUGUGGCUACGACUCCCUGCAGCACCUGAUCAAUCAAAAUUCAGACUAUUUGGUAAAUGGGAUCUCUUUAAAUCUACGUCAUCUGUCUCUGCACCCGCACACCCCGAAGGUCUUAGAAGUCAUGCUGCGGAACUCUGAUGCUAGCCUGCUUCCUUUGGUGGCAGAUGUGGUUCAGGAUGUCUUGGCUGCCCUUGAUCAGUUUUAUGAUAAGAGAGCUGCUUCCUUUGUCAGUGCUCUGCACGCCCUGCUGGCAGCAUUAGUCCAGUGGUUCCCAGACCCAAGUGAUCUUGGGCAACCCCAAGAACAAAGGAUAGGGGAGGAGGCAGAACACUUGAGCAAAAGACCAGCAGCCCUUCAAAAAGGCCCUGAGAACCCCACCACAGCUGAAGAUGUCGAAAAGUUUCUGCUCAACUACCUCAAGGAAAAGGACGUGGCCGAUGGAAAUGUCUCAGAUUUCGAUGAGGAAGAGGAGCAGUCAGGCCCUCCCAAAGUGGACGAGAAUGACAUUGGUCCCCAUGUGAAGCCACCACUGCCACUGCAGAUCCAAAUAGCCACAGACGUGACGGAGCGCUGCAUCCACUUGUUGUCAGAUAAAAAUCUGAAAAUCCGCCUGAAGGUCUUGGAUGUGCUGGGUCUGUGUGUGGAAGUCCUGCAGUCCCACAAGGACCAGCUCCUUCCCAUGGCUCACCGGGCCUGGCCUGCGCUCGUGCACCGACUCACAAACGAUGAUCCCCGGGCAGUGCUCAGAGCCUUCGAGGUGCUGCGGACCCUCGGGGGCAAGUGUGGCGAUUUUCUCCGCAGCCGGUUUUGCAAAGAUGUCCUGCCAAAGCUGGCCGGCUCCUUAGUCACCCAGGCUCCCAUCAGUGCCCGCGCUGGACCAGUUUACUCCCACACGCUGGCCUUCAAGUUGCAGCUGGCCGUCUUGCAGGGCCUGGGCCCCCUCUGCGAGAGACUGGACCUAGGUGAGGGCGACCUGAAUAAAGUGGCUGAUGCCUGCUUGAUGUACCUCAGCACCAAACAGCCUGUGAAAUUACAAGAGGCUGCCAGGAGGGUUUUUCUCCACCUGAUGAAGGUGGACCCAGACUCCACCUGGUUCCUGCUGCACGAACUUUACUGCCCUGAGCAAUUCAUACCCCCCCACCCCUCCCUGCACCCUGUGCAGCUGCGGGGGGCCACAGGGCAGCAGAACCCGUACGCGGCCAGUGUUCUGUUCCUGCUCGGGGAGCUGCAGGGAGCUGCGUCGAGCCCCCUCCCUAGCCUGCAGACGGGAGCGGCCCCCACCCAGCCGAAGGCCGCGGCAGCUGCAGAGAAGACUGCAAAGGUGGAUUAGACGGCCGAUCGAUUUAUAAAUUGAUCGAUCGCGCAACUGCUUAGAAAUUGGAUUGAAGGAAAGUAGCUGACUGUUAUUUACAUUUCAUACUUGGUGUUUUCAGAUGACAUUGUCUGGCAGCUCUUAAGGGCUUAACUCCUUAGCUUACUAUCCCCAAGGCCCCAGCUGCCUCACCGGACAGCCCUCCCCUUACACACACAUAUCGGAGAGCCCGUGGACACGAGGGGCAGAGGCCUGUCCUGCACACCGGGCCCCCGAGGACCAUGAGGAAGCGGCGCUCCGGGAGACCUCAGACACAGCUCGGCAGCACAGACACGCGCCUCCCUCACCUCGAGUAAUGAGAUGGGGCUCUUUACACUUAACCUGUUCUUUGGAAGAGAAUGAAAUAAAGACACUUCUUGGAUGAAAAUACGAUCAAGAGCUCACUUUGAAGUUUUUCAUAUAAACUGAGUGACUUUAAAGAAAUGAGUGCACGUUCUUGAAUGGAUAAUCCAGAGCCGUGGUGUAAAAAUCCUGCACCGAACAGCAGCAGUGAGAAGUCCGUCUCCCGUUCCCCAGGAAUCUGGUUCUUCUCCCCCAGAGCAAACACCGGUGACAGUUUUUGGAUUUCUGUGAAGUAGCAGACUGACUUCUCUGACUUCUGAUUGUCCACACUAGCGCCCCGGUGCCCCGGCCACUGGCAGGCACGUUCCUGGCCCCAAAGCCCCUGGCUGGUUUUCAAGCAAAUCCCAGAUGUCAUAUCCGAACCUUCUUCUUAAACACACAAUCACAGUGGCAUUAUCACACCUACAAAAAUGUAACAGUGGCCCUUUAACAUUGUAGUCAGUCAGUACAUACCCACAUAAGGAUUGAACACUGCUGUUAUCAGUAUGUCCCUUAAUACAGCAGUCCCCAACCUUUUUGUCACCAGGGGCGGGUUUCGUGGAUAACAGGUUUUCCACAGACCCGGGGGUGGGGAGUGGCUUCAGGAUGAUUCAAGCGCUUUACGUUCCUGCUCACUUCCUGCCGUGGGGCCCGGAGGCUGGGGACCCCUGUGUUAAUACAUCCCAUUUGUAGAGUCCCCUCCACCUGUCCUCUUUUCCCUGCAAGUCUUAUUUACGGUGAGAGGAAGCACGGCCAUUCACCCUCCGGCACCGCCCCCCACAGUCUGCAUUAGUGACCGUGUUCCUGCACAGGCUCCUUUUGGGCACUGCUCUUCAGUAGGUGGUGUCGUUCCUGCCCAUCAGAUGGCAUAUGAUGCCUCAUCUCUGGUGACAUGAGCAGUCCCUGGUGACCCUGGCCUGGGUCUGCUGAGUAGGGCUGUGCCCGGCCUGCCAUGCUGGCUGGCUUCCAGCUCGAGUAGCUGCGUGAGAGAACCUUCCCUCUACGCACCGUGCGGUAACCUUGAAGGAGUUACUGUGAAAAGGCAGGGUAAAUAUUUGAUAUCUCUAGCCGGGUGGUUUAAAACAUGUAGAUGAUGUAAAUUUAGGUACACGCGAGUCUUGCAGGGUCCCAGGAACCAGAUGCGUGGAGGCACUGUCCAGCUCACUUCCCUGGUAACUUAGGUCAUGUGACCCUGCAGGGACCCCAAGCUCUAAAAACCCCUGCAGGUAUUGGAAGGGGGACCCUGAUUUCCUUUUCAGGUCUCUCCUGCCAGGGCGGUGGGGUGUGCGGCUCGGGGCCAGGUGGCAGCAGCCUGCCUGGUGGUCUGGGGGCCCCUCCCUCUCUUUGGGCCUCAUUCCUCCCACCUUCGAAGAGGAAUUGAGCCAGAAGGAGAGUGGUUUUGUUUUUUUUUUCCCAAGGCACAUUUAUUCAGCGUGAUAAAGGGAGAGCUCAUAAUCUUUUUGGAUUUUGUUUACCCCCUGCCCCUCGAAGAAUCAGAUGACAUCCAGGGACCCCCUCCCCGGAAACAUUCCUCCCCAUCCCGUGUCACUCCCAGGGGGCCGCUGCAUCCCCCAGACCGAAGUCACACCACUCCCCCAUCUGCUGCAGCUGCUCUGCUGACCUCGCCAAAUUCUAUGCGCAGCUCCAGGGGCUUCGUGUGUGACCCUACAGGGACCUCAAAUUAACCCCUGAAAGAGAGAGAACCACUCUUCCCGUUUGUAAAAUUCUGGGAUGAUUUUUUUUCUUUGGGAAAGGAAGAGAAUGCCCUCUAAUUGAGAUCGUAAAGCGAUUCACAGCAUUGUCCCUGAUUCCACCGGGGGGACACAAUGAUAGACUAAUUCAAUCUCUAGAUCCUGACAGAUGAGCAACCAGGUCAGAGGUGGUGUGCUUUGUGGAGCCUGUUACCAGUGCCAGCGAGAUUAAAGCCUCAGGCCUUCCCAGGGCGCUCGGUGUAGGAGGGCAGGGGAAAGACACGCCCAUCCGGUGCCCCAAUAAAACAGGGCGGGGCUCCGGGGAAGCUCUCCAGGAGGUAAUCUGCCUGGGAGGGUUUGCCAUGGUGUCCCAGAAACCCAUCUCUUCCUCGGAGAAUACAUCCUGAGUUGCAUUUGGAUUCCUGCAGGCAGAUUGUUGCACUUGAUUAAAAAAAAAAAUUAGAGUGACUCUCCAGUU